CAUUCCAUCAUUUAGGUUUAUAGGAGCCAUUUUUCACGCACUUAUUAACAGAUAUAUAGGCAACCUUGUAUUCAAGAUACAGGGGAACCAUAUAAAAUUUACUAAGAUGGACUUCACCCUAAUAACAGGGCUGAAGACUGGUGAUCUCUAUAUACCCAAUAUCCAUCGUUCGAAGAAGUCAUUAAGAGACAAAUACUUCCCUAAAUAUCCUAUCCUAAAGAAACAUGUACAGGAGGUGUUCAAUAGGAUAGUUGAUAGCAAUAAGCACGAAGAUGUCGUGAGGUUAGCCCUAAUAUUAUGUGUAGAGUGGUUUGUUAGGGGUAUCGACACGAAUAUUAAAUGCUGUAAAGAGUUCAUUGACCUUGUCGACUCAUUGGAAGACUUUAAUAUCUACCCCUGGGGUAGUUUGGCCUACCAAACGAUGACAGAAGGGAUCGAGAGUGCCUUCAUGGCAUCCCAAGGGCCUCAUUACAAUGUCACCGGUUGCAUAUUUCCCCUACAGAUAUGGGCCGUUGAGAGAGUACCAGCUCUCUAACAAUGUAUAAUUUCAUAUGUUCCCUUCCAAUUUCCACGA